AAUUUAUAUGAUAUUACCAAAAACGCACAAUCCAACAAACAGCGCUCGACUUUCUUCUUCAUCAUCGUCAACAAUCAACCAAAGAAGUCUGUUGUAGGCCAUUAUUCCCACCAUCAGACAUUUGACAGCCAAGCAGUGAAGAAAUCCCAAAAAAAAACAACUCAACACAAAAACAAGCUGCCAAAAAUAAUAAAAAAUCCUCAAAUGCCGAUAUACUUGCUUAAGCCGCAUCAAUACAUCUUGAAAUCUCAAUAGGGGAUUAUGUAUACAACAACUCCAACCACUAUAUUCCCAUGUACGACAAAUCAAAGAAAACCUGGAGUCAAAGGCUCAAAAUACAAAAACACGAAAAGACUCAACACCCGACAAAUAACGGCAGUCCAUCUGUAGCAUCAGCAUCUCCAACAACGCCCACAACGCCCUCUGGUCUGGGCAAUUCAACGGAUUCACCACAAUCUACAUUCUCUUCCCCAGUGUCGGCAGCAUACCGAGAGGCAACAUUCAACUCACACGUUGCACAUAAUGUUAACAUACGAAACGGAAUUGCAGGCCAAUAUCAAAUAACACCACCAGCCACCAUUAUGCAUUUGCCAUUGAGUGAUUAUCAUAGCGCCGUUGGUGGCGGAGGAGGACCGGGUAUCGGUCCCGCCUAUGAUUACAUGUCGGGUCGUGCCUUGAAAUAUGGCGAACCUUGGAUAUAUGGCACUGUGCGAGGUAUACCUGCGCGUCCAGCGGCGGCUGCACUCUAUCAUCCAGCCUAUGCAGCAGCAGCCUAUGCGGGCCAUCCUCAUGCCGCCGCCAUAUUCGCGCCCACCGAAAGACCCACUGCCACAGCAGCCGUAGCUGUGGUCCUAUGCUCUUGCCCUGAGUACCUGAGCGGCACCAAAGGCCGCACCAUAAAAAAGCCGAGUAUUUGUAAGAAAUGUAAGGGAACCCGCUUGCCUUUGGCUAAUUUGGGAGGUACAGUGCGAGUACAGGGUUCCAUAGCGGCUAGUCCCAAGCUAAGGCCCGUUGGGCCCUCGUCUACGGUAAGGGUAAUGAGCACGACAAAAAAGCAAAGGCCGACCAUACUGGAUCCCCAAAAGGAUCCCUACGAUUUAAUGAGGCGCACCCGAUUGCUUUCACCCGAACCGGGAACCUCCUCUGCCAAGGGAGCCUCCGUUAGCGGCCAGAGCGGUGGCAAAGACAAAUCACGUAAUAGAGGUAAAAGUGCCAGCCCUACCAGAGGAAGAUCUCGCACCAGACAUCAGCAAAAGGCUUUAGUCAGUGCAACAACUUUGGAGGCUGCCAAAGCUGUGGAAACUCUGGACGAUUCCUGGCUUAUGGAGGCCGACGACCUAGCAUCCCAAGGCCAGGCUCCCAACCCAAACCAAAGUCAUGGAAGGAAAUCAAUAUUGCGAUGCAAUGUCAAUCCCUAUGACCUGAUCUCAAUUAAUGCCCAAUCUCCACAGGGAAGAAACUCAACCGAUGCACUCUACGCCUCCACUCCAACUUCCCCAACAGCCAACACUAGCCAACAGGAUAGCUCAAAAAAAUCCAUGAGGAAACAACAGAAGCUGCAAUUUUCCCAAAAUGAGUUCAUGCCACCCAAUGAUGAUUUCAAUGUACAGGAUGCCGCAUUGUUGGAGGAUGAACCCCCUCCAUUUCUACGGCAAACUUCAAAGAAUAGCAAAUGGGAAAACAGCAAGUCUAAGGUAGAAUCGCCCAGAAAGAGUGAUGAACCUCAAAUAGGCAACAGCAGUAGUGCUGGUACGCCUCCUACUAUGUCACAAAGGGGAAAGAAUAAAAAAUCCAACUACUCCAAUGUGCAGGCCAUAGCUGGUCAGCGUAUAAGUUUAGGUGAGGAACAACCGACUCCCAAAUCUCUGCAACAACUACAGCAGCAAAAGCAGAAACAUCCAAAAAAGCAGCCUAAGGACCAAGACCAUGGGUCCACUGCCUAUGAAUGUAUGGCAGUGCAGAACCCAAAUACCCAGAAAUCCAAAGAAUCGGAACAGAGCAAUUCCAGCAAAACCCCCAGGCCUGAUUUUCUGCAAGUGGGACAGAGCCCAGCCGCAAUAAAUUCGGAACCUAAAAGACCACCUCGAACAAAUAAACCUCAAACCCAGGUAGAAAUGAAGGAAUUAAAAACUUCUGACAUCUCCGAAGAUGACGAGGUGGCAGUGACCGUAACUGUUACACCGACUUAUAACAUAAAGUCCAUCCUAAAGCGUCCGCCCUCCAAGAACUCCGAAAAUGUCGAAUCAACGCAAACAGAUUCCCCCUCAAAUAAGUCCUCGCCAACAAGCAAAAAUAAGGAAGGCGAUCUCAAGGCUAUGUCCACCCCCUCAAACUCACGGCACAACAACCAGCAAGCCUCGAACUCCAAUGCAAGCACCAGCUCUGUUUCAUCCAAUUCCCAAUUUUAUAUUAGCCUGCCUCAGGCUCGUAAAAAGGUUCAAUUUAUGGUGGAAGAAUUCGAGGAAACGGAAACAGAUUGCGAUGCCACCAAUGACAGCAGUGAAGGCGAUGACAGUGGUCAUUCCAAUAACGGCGAACUUCCCACUGCCACAAACUACGAAUAUUACAUUCGUAAACGCAACCAAAAAAGACUUCACCAUCAGCAACAAGGCGUAGAAGACUCAUUCCCAUUCCAUAUCAAUGUCAACGAGGAUGCAUCAGAUAGUGAACAGGUUAUAACCUAUGAUGAGCAAUUCAUACAGGCCAUGUUGCUUGAGAAACUUCAACUUGAUUCGCAAAUGGUGAGCAAACAACUGCAGCAGGAGCUGCAACAAAAUAGCAGCGACAAUAAAACCACAUUGCACAUCAAUGAAGAUGAGCAUGAGAAUGAGGACCGAAACGAAACUGAGGAUGAUGAUGAUGUGGGAGAUGAGCCAGACGAGUUGGCGGAUAACUUGAAGCAUGGUAAAACGGAUUAUGAGGAUAUAUUUGCCAGCAAUAUCUCAGAGACUUCCAUCAGGCAACCUCAAACACUGGCAUAUAAUGUCACAUCCACUCGCUGCACCUCCCAAAUGGAAGGAGCAACAGCAACAAUUGCAGCAUCCUGUGAUCAGCAGGAGCUUUCGGAGAAUCCUCCAUCAAACACAAUGAGACAAUCCACGACCACAAAAGAGCCGUUGCCAGUAGCAUCAGUUCAACUCGAAACCAAGACAGCAGCAAGUGUCAUGGCUAAGCUAGGCCAGCAGUGUGACACCGAUGAUGAGGAGGAUGAGCAUUUGCCAGCUAAGGACAAAAAUAUCACAGCCUUAAUAGAUGAUGGUGAAAACGAUGCUGAUGAUGAUGGUGAUAGCGAUGGCCUGGCCUUUGUAGAGCUUGACACCAAGGACAACAAUGUUCCCCAUGACUCCCCUCAUGUCGAUGACGAUGAUGAUGGCUAUGAGUACAAAGUCAACAGCAAUGCUAGUUUAUCAUCUGUGGCUAUAGCAGCGAUUAAUGUUGCAACACUUGAAGCCACAAACGACCAAGACGAUAGCAACAGCAGUGAUGUUGAUGGUGAUGAUGGCAACGAUGAUGGUCAUAGCAAUACCUUCUCCUUAUCGGCUAGCGCGUCCAUGGCAGCGAAAGCUCAAAAUUAUGGAGCUACCAAAUCAACAACAUUCCAAAGAAUGGCAUUGGCUGCCAACACCUCUAAGGACACUGACGAAGACGACGGUGAUGAUGAUGACGAUGACAAAGUGACUGAAGGUAAUGCUGAAGUGAAAACCAAACAAGAAAUCUCCAAACAACAGGAGCAGCAACAACCACAAAAAGAAUCAACACAAAAGUGUAAUACAAAGAAAAUGAAAAAGGAUAUGCAAACACUUGCUGCAGCAGCUCCUCCAUGCACUGAACCAAACGAAGUCACAGGGCGAAGUUUUACAAAUUCCAACGUCCAAGGCAAUAUCAGAGAUAAAAGUGGUGGCAGCAUUGUCGCUGGAGUAAAACCAACAAAGGAGACACAAUCACGCAAAGCCAUCAGACGUUCACAAAGUGAACGCCAACCAAGUUCUAUGACAUAUCUGAGCAACAGAAACGACAGGAGCAGCCACAGCAACAGCUCCAAAUCGGAUGAUGGUGGUAAGGACAAGAACAACAAACGGAGUUCGGCCCACACUAAGCCAGAUAUUAGAAGUGGUAUGAAGGACGAUGUUGUCGUUGAAGAUGGUGGCAACCGUUCAGGCAAGGCGUUUCGUGCUGCUGCAAACAAAACAAAUAGCCAGAGCCACGAAAGGAAAAGCUGUGAAUUGAAUUUUCAAGAUACAAUGGCAUUGCGCAAACGUUCUCAGCGUUGCGAUACCAGAGAUUUAUUCACAAUGAGUCCUUUGGAAAGACCUCGCGAACCACCACCCCCACCACCAGUGACAAUAGCCAAUGGUUCGACACUGGAUGCAACACUGCCCAAGGCGACUGCUGCUCAUUUGUUGCGGAAGACGACACAUCGAGAAGAAGAUAUUGAAUCUAAGGCAGAUGCUAUUGAAAGUUUACCACAAACUGUGCAAAGCUUGGAAAAUAAACAACAAGAGGACAUUUGUGCCUUCACCUCUUCCGCGCCCACUAAAGGCAAACAAACUGCAACGUACAACAACACUGAUGCAUCAGUCCAAGUAUUAAGCCCAGAAAUCAAUGACAACACUUGCCAUGAUAGCAGCAAUAACGAGCAGCAUCAGCAACAAAUGUUGCAAGCCACCAACAUUAACCCUUCACCUCCGCCACCUACUGGCGGUGAGACGACAAAUGGCAGCAAAUCCUCAAUGACAUCUGUAACCAAAGUCAUUCAUGGCUCAAAUGCGAAGAAACAACAUCAGCAACCACAACGAACAGUGGUCAGAGUAGCACCCUUCAACAAGAAUCCCUCAAAUACAUGUGAAGUGCAUCGCCUCAAGAUCACCCACACAGACAGUGACUAUGAUAUGCCGGUGACACCCACUGGCUCACCCAAAAGUCCCCAUAUCCAGGGCUUAGCUUAUGGCCCACACUUCGGCUCGUCCUCGGCACACUACAGUGUUACCGACCUGUCCACAUUAAACUCUCCUCUGGAUUAUGGUCAGAAGAAGACGUCUAUCCUCAUUACGGGGGAUGAUUGCUACAGCACCAUGAAUCUUAGUUGUGAUGACUCCUCGACCCCCCUAUACCAAUCGUCUGUUGUGGUUACCGAUGGUAACAGCAAGAAGGAAGUGGAGGGAGUGCAAAUGACCAAUGCCUUUAACACGGUCACCAUCAAUGUAAGCAGUCCUCGCAGCAGUGAGGAUGAGCUGAUACUGCAACACAAUCAACUCAAUAAUCUCUUGAAACGGCAGGCCAAGUCUUUGGCGUCGCCCUCCUCCGUCAUGGGCAGUAUACGAGCCAUAAUACCCAUACGUGGCACCAUAGAUAUAAAUCUGCAGCGAUCUGCCUCCUCCACAUCGUCCACUUCGACGAGUUCUAUGACCAGCACCAACAGCAGCACUUCCUCAUCCGCAGGCUGCACCACCAAAAGGGGCAAAACUCUGAUACGCUUGGAUUAUUUGGAAAAGGACAAGGGUGCCAGCAAUAUGGAAUCUUCUCCUUCACCCGUUCCAGAGGACGAGGGGCAGAAAGCACCUGAAGAUUCCUCACCCGAGUGGCUGCCGCACGAAACCGAAUUGUUGAAAAUACUCCGUAAUCCUGUGGAGGCUGUGAAACGCAACCUGGUACCUCACAUCUGCAAAUUGCGCGAAGAUGAUACCCAAAAAGAUUCCAAACGUUCCAAGAAAAUGAAAGAUGGCCUCAAGGAGGUGCCGCUGGAAUUUAAGGAAUCCACCUCAACCAGCAGCCGACCUCCAGGCAGCCAUAAGGCCUUCGAUGCCAACUCCUUCAUAGGCAAGCUCUUGGAAGAUCCCAUGCUGAAUCAAGUGGCCGAAGGCCUAGAGAGUGAUACCGUUUGUGAUUUGAUUGAGAAUUCAUUGAAACGUUUGCAGGAAUCUCGCAACUCCCUGGAUAUGAGUGGUACCAAAGAUAACGAUGACAUGAAUCGUUUAAUAGAUCUGUCUCUCAAGCGCUUGCAAGAGGAGAGGCAAAGUCCUCAGAAGGCAAGCAGCCACACGUCGCCAAAUGUCGCCACUGCGGUCAAUGGCAAUAAUCUACUGGCCGUGCCCUCCACCACCAAAGACGAAGAACGUUUAUCGAAUCGCGGCAGCAUAAGUUCGGCUAAUAGUUUUGCCUCGGCUCACAACUAUGAGCUAUUCGAUUUCGAUGCUAACGAGUCCGAUUGCUAUCAAAGUUGCUCGAGCGAAAUCAAUUCCAUUCUGGAUGAUGAAGUCGGCUCGCCCGAAACCAAAUCAAAGUUCUAUCAAAUGCUGGUGGACGCCACUUUGCAGGAAAUAGAAUUAUCCACCAAUGCCGAGGACUUAAUGAACACCGAGGACCACCAAUACGAGUCGAUAAGGCACACCAUCGAUCCCAUAUACGAGGAGAUAUCCGAUAUGCCGCCACCCUUGCCCCUUACAGCACCGCCUCUCAACGAUCCCGAGUUGGAAAAGAAGUCAGCCCGUUCCAUUUUCGAGGGAGCCUCCAAGUAUGAUAUACUCUCCUAUUUGGUGGAUGCCAAAGAGCGUGGUGUUGUUAAAGAGGAAGUCUUUGACUUCCCCCUUAACUGUUCCAAUCCCAUAAUCAUUGAGGAAGAGUCCGCCGAUACGCUCAGUGAUUUGGGGAAACUUAGCAAACUGAAGCGCUUGGACACCAUCAGUUCUCGUUCUUCGGUUGUAAGUGACUCCUCGGAGGAUAAUCAGAGUAACAUGAGCUCAUUGUCGCCACCCUCCAGCAAUGCCAACAACUUCAUGCUAUUGCGCCACAAGCAUGCCUCUAGCAGUGACAUAGAGCGCAAUGAUUCUGGAGUGGGUUCGGAGACCAGCAAAACAUCGCGCAGUAAAUAUCUGAAUCCUUCUCACAACUCCUCGAUAACAUCUUCCUUCUCUUCUACCACCUCCUCGCAUUCGCAAUCGCACUCGCCACAACCGCGCAACAGCCCCUUGCAUUUGUGUGAGGACUGUGAUGGGGCUGUGGAGACCCAAAUUGCCGAGAACGGCGCCAUGUUCGUACCAUUGGUGUGUCGCAAAUGUGCCAAGAAGCGAGUGGAACGCAAGGAGAUCCUAACGGAAAUUGUCGAAACCGAAGAGAAGUAUGGUCGGGAUUUGCAAAUAAUCCUGGAGGAGUUCUGUCAUCCCAUGCUGGUGGCCGGUCUGCUUACACAAGAGCAGCUCUCUGCAAUCUUCUUGAAUACCGAAGAAUUGCUCGAGAAUAAUCAAACUUUGGCCGAACGUAUGCGUGAUGCCCUCGACAUUGCCCUGGAGCAGGGUGAUGAUGAUCUGCUAACGGUGAAUAUUGGUAAAAUAUUCCUGGAAUCUACGCAAAUGCUGCAUGCAUUCGAAAGUUAUUGUGUUCGUCAGGCAGGUGCCAGUCUGCUAUUGGCCAAUUUGGAAAAGGACAAGGAAUUGCUGAGGAUCUUUUUGAAAGUCUCACAAAUGGAGAAUGCCGUUUUGAGGAGAAUGAAUUUGAAUUCUUUCCUAAUGGUGCCCGUGCAACGUGUCACCAAAUAUCCUUUACUAUUGGCCCGCUUGUACAAGGUUACACCGGCCCACCUCGAAGGACGUGACCAACUUAAGCUGGCCCAGGAAAAAAUUGAACUGCACUUGAAUCACAUCAACCAGGAGGCAAAAGAUGUACCCACCAAACUCUGGCGCCGUAUCUCCUCAUCCAGUCCCAAUAGACGUGCAUCCUGCGAAAUCGAUAUGAUCAACAUUAAACUGCGAAAAAUGGCCAUCGAUGUGCUUGAGUGGAAUCACGAUGAGGUGCGCUUCGUCAUGGAGGGCAAACUGUUGUACACGCAACCCACCGACAGCAAUUGGAAGAAGGCACGCACAAUCAAGUUGACAUCAGUUAAUGCUAUGCUGGUGACAAAUGGCAAGCCAAGUACCAAUUACAAGGCUGAAAAAGUCAUGUCAGAUAAACUGAAUUUUAACAAGCAUACCGGAAUUCGGGAGGCCUCAUUGUUGUUGGUCAAGGAGAAGUGUGGACGUUAUGCUCUGAUACGUGAGCCAUUGUACUUGGAUCGAUGUGUGGUAUGCAGUGAAGCCGAUUGGGAUGAAUAUUUCGAGAUACAGGAAAUCUCAUCGAAGGACACUUUCAUAUUUAAAGCCGAAGACAAUGUUCGCACCAAGCAAUGGUACACACAACUUCAGUAUCACGCUCAAGGAAUGGGUGCAUGGCGCAAAAGACGCAACGCUUUGGCCAAUAUCAUGAUUAAUGGCAUGCUAACGCGCAGUUGAAUAAAAAUAAACGACGAGACUAAGCAGUGCCCAGCACUGGUCCGAAACGAAUUGAAACCAAUCAAAUUGGAAGAAUCAAAAAUACGAACUCGGCCGACUUCAAUGUAGACACGCAGAAUAUAACAUGUGAGCUAAAAACACUACAGGCCACGAGAACGAAAGAAAGCAACAUCAGACUUCAGUUAUGGCAGUGUUUGCUGUGUACAUUAUAAAUAGUAACUAUCAAGUUAGUGUGUAAACAAUUUGUAAAUCUGUAUAAAAUUAAAAAAAAAAAAAAAGAAAACCUAAUAUAAAAUGUUCUCCUUCUCAACAACCAUCAAUUGUUUCUGACAAUCUAUAAGCACAUACUAUACUUAAUGUAUAUGUAUAUUUAUCUCAAUAUAUAAUUACACAUCAGUUAUUUUACUGUAUUUUAUAUCGGAUUAUAAAUAAAUUAUCUUGGAAAUAAUUAAUAAAACAUAUACA